AUGGGCUUCCCCGAUAGCUCAGUUGACCCCGAAAACGGCGAGAGUCAGAGCUCCCCUAGGGCGGAGGAGGCCAGCCGGCCCAUAGCCCUGGGCCCGGGCCGGAGGGGCGAGCCCGCUCCGAGAAGGGCCACCUACCGACUGCCCGCACGCCCCGCCCCGGGCCCGCUCGCGUCCUCUCGGGCGACGAAACCCUCCCUCCGGCGGCGCCCAACCGCGCGCCCUGCGCACCCGCCCCGGAGGCGGCGGGCGUCCCUGCCCUCGCCGGGACCGGCCCCGCAGGGCACUCGGGCGGCCGCGGGGACAAAGCGGGAGCCGCCGGCCCGGGCCCGUCCUCCCCGGCGCAGGCCGUCCUCGGCCGCACUGACCUGUCGUCGCCCCCGCGCCUGGGCCGCGGCCCCCGCAGCAGCGGCCGCCUCGCUGGUCGUCGUCGCCCUCGCCCGCCGCCUCCGCCCGCCACCGCCUCGUUCCCUGUCGCUGCCGCCACCGCCGGCGCUCAUGCGGGACCCGCGCUUCGUUCUCCGGAGUCCGAGACCGGGAAAGGGGGCGCAGCGGCCGCAAAAAGCCCCGCGCCCGCCGCCCGCCGCCGCUCCACCGCUGUCCGUCCGCACCGGGGGUCACAGGGCCCGCCUGCGGGGCUCAGAGCGAGCGCCGAGGGGCCCUCCUGUAGGGCUCGGAGAAGCCGAGGGAGGCGCAGCCGCCCGCGGGUUCAGCGCCCGUCGGCAGAAGCGAAGCGCAAGUCGGCGCGGCGGCGGAUGGCGAGCGCCCGAGCCGGCUGAGGGCUACGCAGAGGAGGGGUGCGCAAGUGAGCGGAGGGCGCUGUGUCGAUGCUCCCGCGAAGGCGAGUCGGGCUCUACCUCUCCUGCAGUCACCCCGAGCCGAGCGCCACCAUCUUGGAAAAAACGCGGAUCUCGCGGCCGCGGCGCAAGCCGGGAGGACUGGCUGGGCGGGCCGAGUAUCCCGGCAGGCAGCGCGCACCGCCUGGCCCGGCGAGGGCUCCCUGCCUGGACGCAGGGGCGCGGGGCGGGGCCGGGGAGCGCGCGGGAGGGCGCCGCGCUCUGCUCCGCCCCAAAUCGUCGGCUCCGCCCCCCUCCUGCUUGCCGUCGUCGCAGCGCAAAGGCGGCUGGGAAAGGGAAGUGGCUCGCUGGCUGCUCCUCGCAGUCCCACUAGGGACGGUCGCCAUCUUUGCACCGAAUAGAGGGGGCAGUUCCUCUUUAAAGCCCCUGCGGUCUGUUCCCUGACAGAAAGCAGGCGGUACACUUGGGACAUCCCCUGAAGCCCUCCGGACUGUUGGAGAGCCCUGUGGGCUAUCUAACCAGGGAACGUGCUUGAAGUUGGACGCUCCCGAUUUUGUUGGGAAAUCGCUUCCGAAAUUUCGCCAAGCGGUUUUGGUAGCUGCCAACCUCGCAGUGGGAUAGAGCCCUUCAUAUUCUAGGUCGCCGACCCCGACCCCUUUGUGCUUUUGUAAACAUUGCAGUAGUAGGCCGAGAGUGCGGACCAGCUUUCUUUCAAGGGACCAAGGUCAUCUGCUUAGGACUUUGCCUGCAAAUGGUCUGUCACUAGUUUACGGGAAGAUUCGCAUUUGGAAACUCAGCUAUGUUUUAUGGGCGAGACUAGUUAAAAUUAGUGUCAAGGAUUUAUCUUUGCAUGUUAUCGAAAUAGGCAAAUGAGAAAUUUUAAAGAUGGUAUUAAAAUGUUACUACAAUAUCUAGCAUGUGAAGAUUCUUUUAGCAAUUCUAUUUCCUGUUAAGUAAAAAUUAAAUGAAAUGUAAGUCUAAAAAUAAUAAGUAUAUCAAACAUGGCAGAAAACCCUGAGUUCCAAGAAAAUUAAAGACAAGAGAAACCUGCUCUUA